ACGAACGGUUCAACAUGAAGGUACUCAGGGGAACUUUCGUCCAUUCUACGCCCGAAUCUCCAAUGGUCGUCCUCACAGACAGGGUCAUGGGAGUCCUAGGCACUAAGAUUGUGUUCCUGGAGGAAGGAAAACAUCUGGAACAGCUGAAGGCCAAACAUGGCUUCGGGGACUCUUGUAUCUCCUUCAUGACCCCGAGUCAGUUUGUGAUGCCUGGGCUGGUGGAUACUCACACCCAUGCUCCUCAGUUCCCAAAUAAUGGACUCAAAUUGGAUCGCGAGCUGUUUGGAUGGGUCCACAAGUACACCCUUCCUUUGGAAGUCACGUUCUCCUGCGAGAAGGUAGCCAGAGACGUCUUCAAGAAAGUCGUGAAUCGCCUGUUAUGUAAUGGUACCACCACGGCGGUGUACCACGCCGGUCUCUACUUGACGGCCGCCAAGAUCCUGGUAGACGAGGUGCACGCCAAGGGUCAGCGGGCUCUUGUGGGCAAGGACAACAUGAUACUCAACUUACCCGAGUAUUACUGUGAGGCCGGAGUCGAGGCGUCUCUCAGGGAGACUGAGGACUUCAUCCAGUACGUCAUGGAGCUGAAGUCGCCUAUCGUGGAAGCCAUCCUCACUCCCAGGUUUGGUCCUGGCUGCCCAAGGGAGCAGCUGGAAGGUCUAGGCAAGCUGGCGGGCAAGUACAACCUUCAUGUCCAGUCCCACUUGGCCGAGAUCAAUAAUAGACCCCCCAAUGUGGAACAUGGAUUUCAUAGCACAAUGGACAUCCUCAAUGACUUCAAAAAAGUUGGACUUUUGGGGAAUCAGACUUUGAUGGCUCACUGCGUCUGGCUGAAGGAGGAGGAGCUGGAGCAGCUAGCGAGGGCCCAAGCCGGCGUUGCUCACUGUCCGAACUCCAAUCUCUCCCUGCGCUCCGGCCUUUGUGACGUCAGGCGGUUUCUGGACCGAGGAAUCAAAGUUGGACUUGGGACAGACUGUUCGGCCGGCUACUGUCCGUCAAUACUGGAUGCCAUUCGGCAAGCGCUUCAAGUAUCCAAAACCCUGGCCAUACUCAAGCCUGGCUACCAGUUUCUUUCAAUACAAGAGGCUUUCCGUCUCGCCACCCUCGGAGGCGCUGAGCUGAUAAAUAUGGAAAACCGAAUCGGAAAUUUUGAAGUUGGUAAAGACUUCGAUGCCUUGUUGGUUGAUGUCGACGCCCCGCGGACACCUCUGGAUACCUUCAGUAAUGAUACUGCAGAGGACAAGGUACAGAGGUUUCUCUACAAUGGUGAUGACCGAAACAUUGUGCAGGUGUUUGUGGCUGGUUCCUGUGUUGUUGACCACACCGCAGCCAGAACCCUCUGAUCAGGCCGCAAAGGACCCGCUGAUCAGGCCGCAAAGGACCCACUGACAAGGCCACAGCAGGACCCACUGACCAGACCACAGCACGACCCACUAACCAGACCACAGCCAUAUAUUAAAUUAAUAAUUUUGACAAUAUUUGAUGUGAGAGGUCAGCCUAGUGGAUGGAAAGGCUGUCAUGAACGGUAUUGAUUAUUACAUGUAUAAUACCCACCGUGUUGAUGUUCACAAAGCACUAUAAUGUGGAUAUGUUGGGAGAUGUUUGAUUAUUAUUGUGAUUGCUAUUGCAGGGGUUAUUGUCUCCAUGUGGGUGUCAGGUGCAUCAUGUGCACUCUCAGGGUAAUUGAUAUGUUAUCAGAAGUGCAUUGUGUGUUUCCUUAUACUCCUGAGCGAUUAAAACUAAAAUCACAGACAAAGUUGUGAAAGAUAUAUUCAUGGGCCCUGCCAUUGUUGGCUAUACUGUGGAGACACUACACGUGUGUGCGUGGGUGUACAGAUGUCUGUGUACAGACAACAGCUGUGCAGCUGCUCCUGUAGGGAGAACAGCUCCCUGUUCUCUAGGGACCAUGUUUAUUACGCAUGUACUCUUGUGAAUGAGUAUACAGCUGUUCUCCAGGGAUUGCAAUGUGUGUCAAUUGCAUAUGUGUUGCUAAUUACACAAACAAACGUUUGUAUA